AUGGGAAGUAUGAAGUCGGCAAAUGAAGAGUCACUGGCCGCCAGAUUGAAGGAAGUUUUUGAAAUUGUUGACGAACAGAAAAAUGGGUUCAUUUCGCUAGACCAUUUUCUUGAGCUCGCCAAAGAAUUUACAAGUUCCAAUGGUCAUAACAACAACGCCAAACGUCGAUUGGGAUGGGUUACCAAAAAUGUGACCAUCGAAGUCGAUGCCUGCCAAACUGACGAUGCCCUGUCCAUGUGCUUCUUAGUUGUUUGGUUCAUCGAGUCGGGCAUUAUGACAGUGGCACGCACGUGGGGCCGCUGA